GCGAUAAGGAGUCUAUGUCGAAGGAGCACGCGAUGCGUUUUCCAUUCAUUGGUAGCGCCGUUCUCCUUUCCCUCUUUCUUCUCUUCAAGUUUUUGCCGAAGGAGCUCGUGAACACGGUUCUGUCGGGGUACUUUGUUAUCCUUGGCGUUUUUGCAAUCUCAGCAACGAUGAUUCCAACCCUGGCCAUGUUUCUCCCUGAUGACUGGACUGAGAGGGUGAUCAGAUGGAAGGCGCCGUAUUUCAAAUCCUUCGAAAUCGAAUUCACAAAGACACAGGUUAUCGCAGCAAUUCCAAGCUCUGCCUUCUGCGCGUGGUACGUUACAAAGAAGCAUUGGCUUGCUAAUAAUGCGCUCGGACUUGCAUUCUCAAUCCAGGGAAUUGAGAUGCUAUCUCUAGGAUCUUUCAAGAUUGGCGCAAUUUUACUGGGGGGUUUGUUCAUUUAUGACAUCUUCUGGGUGUUCUUCACACCUGUUAUGGUCAGCGUUGCAAAGUCGUUUGAUGCUCCAAUUAAGCUCUUGUUUCCCACCGGCAAUAGGGAAAGACCGUUCUCGAUGCUCGGCCUUGGAGACAUUGUCAUUCCAGGAAUUUUUGUUGCUUUGGCUCUAAGAUAUGACGAGUCGCAGAAGACUGGAAAGCGUUACUUCAAGAGUGCAUUUAUUGGCUACACAGUGGGGCUGAUUACGACUAUCAUUGUGAUGAACUGGUUCCAAGCUGCUCAGCCUGCACUGCUUUACAUUGUACCAGGCGUAAUUGGCUUCAUGGGUGCGCAUGCUGUAAUUCGAGGCGAGCUCAAACAGGUUCUGGAGUUUGAUGAGACAGCUGAAGCAGAAGAGGGAUCGCCAAAAAAGGCAGACGGAACAGCAUCUGAGGAAUCGACCAAAGUAGCUGAUGAGAAGAAGGAAGAUUGAAGACGCGUACGUGGUUUUGCUAGUUGGAGAGAGUUAUUGUUUUCGCAAGGCUGCAAGUUUUUGUUGCUCGCUGGAUUUAUUCCGGUUGGCAAGAGCGCACGUCUUCAGGCCGGUUGUCUGUGGGGAUAACCGAGGAGUAAUGUUUAACCCUGGUUCUUGGCCGGAAGGCACAGCAGUUUGUACCCCCUACAUUUUUAUCUGUCUAUUUCUUUUUUGGUGCUUUGGAGGGGAGAAGUGUGGACUGAUGUUCAGAGAGAAUGAGGAUUACUCUUGGAGUUUCUGGCAAGUGGUAGUCCCUUCCUUCACUGAAUGACUACUGGCAAAGUUGCGACAUGCAACCUAUUUGCUGGGGGCCAAACGUGCUGGCGGGAAAACUAUUGCACUCACGGACACGGUGGUUUCCUCUAGUUCCAGAGCUGCAGCCUCUUCGCCGCCUCAGAGACCGCGUUUCUCCGUAGUCGCUGUAGCUUCUUCGCUGCUUCGGAGGCCACGUUUCCGGGUGGCUACUGCUCGUCACGGCUGCUUUUCUGGGGGGCUACUGUUUGCGGCGGCUGUUUUUCUGGGUGGGUACUGUUCGGCGCGGCUAAGUUGUAAUUGCUAUUUGAGAUUCUGAGUGAUUAUGGUUGGGCGGCAUUUGGUCGAUUCCAUCGCAAAAUGUGCAAAAAUGGGGAGAGGGAGUUUUGAAACUUCAAAGUGAUUUAGUAUGUUGGCCUCCAUGCAGCAAACAGUGUUGCACUUUCCUCCACCCACCAUUGUCAACGCCUUCUAGCUGUCUUUUCCCACAAGCAAGUUUGGCCCGCAAGUGCACACACAUUGCGAAGUGAGAAACGC